GCCGCCGCCGCCCGUCACGACAUCAUCCUGCGACCUGCGACGACUGCACACGCCCGCCGCGCAUGGCCCCGCAUGGCCGUCGCCACGCCAGCUCGUGAAACCCAGCGCGCGCCGUGGCUGGCCAUCCCCUCGCGCGCCAUCUCCGUGGUCGAGCACCCGGCCAUCGUCAGGAACGUCGACAAGGGCAUUGCCUCGCUGGGCGGGCCCGUCAAGCUGAGCAAGGGCCUGCGUUCGAAACUGGAAACCACCGUCAACGCCGACGGCGACGACGAGCUCAAAAAACUCAUUUCCGUCUCGCUGCGCCCCGACGACCCGUUUGCCAAGCGUCUGCUGUCCACGCCAGUGCGAACCAACAACGUGCUUCUCAAGGUGACAGUGCCCAAGCGGACCGGCCGCAAGCGGAGGCGCGGCUCUUCAGGGCCCUUUCUGCCCUUUCUGCCCCCGCACGCAAUCGCUCCCAGCAGUAAUGCACUCUGCGACGCCCACGCCUAUGUCGACGCCCCAACCAUCUACCGAAGUCUGCAGGACAAUGCAUCGACAUACAAGGUCACCCUCGCCGGCGUCGUCGACGAGACUCACCGGUUCAGGAACAUGCCCGACUUGCAGUACGCGGCCUCUCACAACCACACCAUGCUCGGCCUGCGCAACCACAUACUUCCCAGGCAAUACGACCAGCUGAAAAAGUACCACAUCAACACCGCGGCGGGCGCCGACUUGACCAAGAGUGUGGGCCCAUCCGCAGAGUUUCUGCAGAUGCCCAUUGCAUUCAAUUACCGAUUCCAGCAAAACUCCAAUGUCAAAUACACCGACCAAGGCGUCGUCAACAUCCAGAGGAGCCUGGCUUACAACACAUACACCAUUGUCAAGCCCACCGACGAGCAUGUCCCCACCGGACCCAGACCGGGACUGCCUGCAGAGAGGGAUCUCUCGCCUUACAUGCAGUCGCUGAUUGCCAACAUCAGAGCCCUGCUUCUUCAAAGACCCAUCGUCACCCGACAGCUCCUGUACAACAGGCUCGGAUGGGACAAGCGCACCAAACUCCGACAGGCCGCCAUAUACUGUGGCUUCUUCUUCGAAAGUGGUCCAUGGCGCGAGGCACUUGUACGGUGGGGAGUUGACCCUCGCAAGGACCCCGAGUACCGCAAAUACCAAACAGUGUCUUUUCUGUCGUAUAUCAAGUCAGGCACAUCAAAACACCGCGCAGUGUUUGAUCAGCACGUCAUGAAACUAGCAAAGAUGUCCCCGGAAGAGCUGGAGUCUGAGCAUACCUUUGACGGAGUCCAUGUUUCGCAAACGGGAAACCUGUUCCAGUUUUGCGACAUCACUGACCCGCUCAUUUCCAAGAUUUUGGCUACCAAAGACAUCCGAACGACCUGUGCACCGACCUUUCAGGGCUGGUAUCAUGUCGGAACGUGGGCCAAAGCGACAGUGAUCCUCAAGGAUAAGAUGAAUGCAAUCAUCGGCGGCGAGAAGCCAGACGACUCGAUAUACCAGCGUAUUAUCGAAUGGCCAGAGCUGUGGGAUGACAAGGAAAUGGCGGCCCAGUACAAAGCAGAGAUUGACGAUCGCCAGAUUCGCCAUGAAAAGAGAAGAGAGCAUCAAGUCAUGCACAACGUCCGCUGGGCUGCAAGAAACCCACGAUACGCCUUUGAGAAGAUGGAGACAGAGCAUGAUCAGCAUGGGCACCCUGGCGAAGGAGAGGAGCCAGAGGAGGUUGAUGUUCCUGAAGACAUGACUGAAGACCCCGUCGUGGCCGACACAGUGUUAAACGCAGACAUCGAGGCAGAUGAUAACGAUGCGGGUGAGGAUGGAGAGGGAGACGAUGAUGGUGAAGACGAAGACGAGAUGCAAGACGACGAACAAGACGACGAUUCAUACGGGAGCUCAGAGGGGGAAAACGACAGCGACAGCCCUGUGAUGUCUGUCCGGGCUGUCUCCGAAGGCCCAGCGCCAUUUGGAGGAUACUACAGAGUAUAAAAGCCAC